CCUCAGCAGGGCCGAGCAGAGGGGUAGGAUCACCUCUACGCGCUGGCCACGCUCCCCCCGCUUCCCUCAGCGAUCUUUGCCAACCCGAGCGAUCGUUUCGCGGUUUCCAUCGGUCCCCGCGCGGGCAGCCCCGCCCGCCUCACCCGCCGGCCCUCACGCUGCCGUUGCUCCGCGGGUCCCGCGGGCGGCGCUGCGGCGGCGGCGGCGCAGCGGGGCGGCCAUGGCGGCGGCGCGGCGGGCGCUGCUCUCGCUGCUGCUGCUGCUGCUGCUGCUCUGGGGCUCGGCGGGACCCGGCGCCGAGGCCGCUCGGGGCCGCGGCGGCGACCGCCAGAACAGCCUCCGCCGCGCCGCCAGCGGCCUCUACCAGGGCGUCAGCGGCCUCUUCGGCGAGGACAACGUGCGGGCCCUGCAGAAGUUUUUCUCAAGGUUGACAGAGAGGUUUGUGAAUGGGGUGGAUGUAUUAAUGGACACAUUCUGGAGAAUAUGGACUGAUUUGUUAGAUGUUCUUGGAAUUGAUGCCUCCAACCUGACUCAUUAUUUCAGCCCAGCAGCAAUUGCCAACAACCCGACCCGUGCCCUCCUGCUGAUCGGUGCCAUUUUACUUGCCUAUUGGUUUCUAUCUCUCUUCCUUGGAUUCUUCUUCUAUCUCCUGCACAUGCUGUUUGGUCGGUUUUUCUGGAUUGCGAGGGUUGCCCUGUUCACCCUGUCGUGCGUGUACAUCCUCCAGAAGUACGAGGGCGAUCCGGAACACGCCGUCCUGCCGCUCUGCUUCGUCGUCGCUGUUUACUUCAUGACGGGGCCGGUUGGAUUUUACUGGAGAAGAAACAACAACAGCAGCCUGGAGGAGAAGAUGGACCACCUGGAGAGUCAGAUCAGACUGCUGAGCAUCCGCCUUUCCAGGGUGAUUGAGAACCUGGACAGGGGCAGCGAGCAAUGAACCAGCCCCUGCAGACCACUGUACACCAGCUCCAGAAAAUUCCUAAGCACUGUCUCAUUCAAAGUUACAAAGCAACAAAAACGUCACAUGGUAAAAAGUGUGCAAAGUUAUAACUUUUCAUCAUGUGUGAGACUAAUUUAUCUAGAUUAUACACUCAGCCAUUAAACUUGUAGGAGAAAGAAAAACAUUUACAAAAUUCAGCUGUAUAUUCAGAGUUUUAUCCAGUACUAGAAUUUUCUCAGUAGAUAAACGCUUACUUUUACAAGCACUUAAAAACAUCUUUUGUAAAGUUUUUAUAAAAGCAAAUUGAGUAGUCUUUCAAAUACUGAAAUUGAGCUAAACAUAUGCAAAUUUGACACUUUAAAAGUUAAAAAAAAAAAAAACAACAAAAAACUCGAGCUACCAAGCACUUCCAUUGAGAAGUAUCUGCUGUGGGUCCACAUUUUUAUUUUUUUCAAAGUUGUGAAUGUUUUUGUGUUUUUGUUGGCUUAUUUCAUUGCCUUGAAGUUGCCUUUCAUAGAGUAUCAGAUGAGGAAUUUUCUGGUAUCCAGGCCAAAAAAUUCACACCAUAGCUUUUAAUAGGAGGUGGGGAAUGAGGGAGAAGGAAGAUUUGAAGUCCUUAAAUGCCAGUCCAAUGGGAGGAAUUGAGAAACACACGUGGCAUUUUUUCAUUGCAUUUCAUCUCAAGACCUUUAAUUUGCUGUCUGAAAGGAAAUCUGGUUUAAUGAAUUGGCACAGAGGGAAAAGACGUAGCGUGACAAAUUGUAAUUCAUAUUUGAUCUGCACAGUGAAGCAUUUUCCAAGCAUAAAUGCAUAGACUAAAACAUGAUUUUUAAUCUCAGGACCCACGUACUUUCUCAGAAAAGGCAGCAGUUAAAACACGUGCAAAUGUAUUGUUGCUUAAAGCUUUCUCAGGACCAAUAAGCGGCAAUAAAUUAUCUUCAGGAAGAUCUGGAUUUUUUUCUAAAAUUGUAAUAGUUUUAUAGGAGCUUUUUGCUUGAAGUCUGUGUCCUCAUUAGGUUUUGGGGAAAGUGAGUCACCUUAUGAGGAGGGUGUAGGAAACGGUUCUAUUUCAAAGCGGUGGAGCUUUGAAGCAAUUUUAUUUUGCAGGAUUUCUAUAUUUGUAACUUAGAACUGACUGACUUGGUAGAGUAUCACUGGCUUUGUGAACGGUUUGCUGAAAUGCAGUGAAACAAAGGUAACCUCAGGGAAGGAAGUCAGGAACGUGGUUUGACCUGGGAACAACAGCAUUCGAGGAUAGAGAUGUGGGAAGGGAGGGGAAGCAUUGACCCGUAGUGAUGAGCACUGAUACCAUGAGAGGUGGAAGGGACCACAGCUGAAGCACUCUGUGUUCCAUAGGGUCUAAACGUAAAAUUACAUUAAAAAACGCAACAAAAAAUUGGUCUGUGAUAGGGCCUGGCUACAAAGCAAGGGAACAAGUAUGAGGAGGUUCUCCUCUCCACGCCUGUGAGUGCCAGUAGGACAGGCCAGGGCAGCUGAGCACGGCUUGGCCUUUGUCCUCUUGUUCCGUUGGGCAGAACUUUUGCUGGAUGUGAUGCUUAACUGAAUGUAACUGUUGGGCAAAUUUAUUUUUCUCUUUAUGCUGAAGUUUAAUGUUCUUCUUAGAAUGUGUGUUACUUGCCUAACCUCUUUGGGUCUGUAUGUGACAUUUACAUGAGGGGUUAUUUUUAAAAUCCAUGGUAAUGGCCUUUACUCCGAACGGUGAUCACUUGAGUUCAACACAGUUGAAGUUCAUAUGCACUUGGCACGGUUGGAAUCCAUUUUAGUUUUUUAUGUCACCUGUAAAUCCCCCUGCGCACCAUUUAUUGAGAAAUACAACAUUUAGAGUUGUAAAAUAACUGGUUUUCGCAACUUAAGAUGAGGACUAUGGCAACAAGUAGUCCGCUUUGUAAAGCUGAAAAUAUAAAAUACAAUGUAUUCCUUUUUCCAGCUCAUUUUCCAUAGUAUUACAGAGUCUUCCCUGUAAACUCAGUUUUGCCUACUGUUGUGCACAGAAGACUAGGCUAAAACACCAACCUGGAAAUUAGGAAUUGACUAGCACAGCUUGUCAGGUCUUGAUGUGUUCUGUUAAAUUUAAGGCCUGAGGACCAAAGUCUGCAAACCUCGCUCGUGUCAGCGGCUCCAUCGCCUUCUUAGGACUAUGUGCAUGAGUCAGUUUGCAUAGAUUGUAUUUUAUGUAAUCCAUAUUUAACGUUGAAGUUAAAAAUACUGAAUCAUUUAUAUAUUAAGAGUUAUCUAUUAUAAAGAUUUCUUUAAAAAUACUAUGUAAAAGUUAAUUUGGAUUAUAGUUUCUCCCUGUCUUGCUCUAAUCAUUUAUCUUAGUUUUGUAAAAUCAGCCCUCCUAUAUUAAUACUUUUGAUUUUGAUCACCCUGCUGCUUGAAAAAUGUAUUUUUAUAUUUACUUGCAUCCCAUGUAUAGCAAAAUGUUAUGUCAAAAGUGCUAUAUAUAAAAUUGGGUAUUUUUAAUCAGUAUUUUUCCCAGCACUCAGUUUUCACAUUAGUCAAAUUCAGAAGUAAUGAUUUUUUAAAGCACAAUCUAAUCUUCAAUAUAUAUAUAUAUAUAUAUACUUUAAAAAUGCUCUGUAUUUUUAAACAUGCACUGUAGUGAAAGCGCUUUUGGGACAUGAAUGUGGUAUUGUAUUUAAUCUCUUUCAACUUUUGUAAAUAACCUUUUACAAGUAUUUUCCAUACCGGGCCAUCUAGUUUAUCCAUGGAGGUUUUUGCUGUUUUUUAGAACCCGUGCCAGUGGUUGCACUGCUUUUGUAUUGCCAUUGGUUGGAGCGUCCCAGAGACAGGCAGGUCUUGCCUUGUCACCCACGGACAAACCAAGACUGGGAGUUGAUGGAUUCGCUUGGGCUGGGGGCAGAGAUGGGACUGGAACAAACCUCGCAGCUCCCUCCUUUCACUGGGAUCCAGCAAAACAGAGAGAGGGGAGUGAUGUCUGUGCACUCCUGCCACAGCCAUGGCCCUCCUGACCUGCCGCUGAGGGGGCACAGGUGACCUGGGACCGGCUGGGUGUGGGGAUAUCCCAUCUGGCUGCUCCUCCGGAAUGGAUCCUGCUCACGGACCUUCCCCUGCGAAGAACAUCACCCCGUGUAACCGGCUGAGGAGGGGCUCCAGGCUGUCCAGGAUGGGAGAUCCCGUUGGGUCUGGAGUGUUUAAACCUGCGUGCUUUAGGACCUAAUAUUUGAAACUCCUGUAGUGUUUUUCCACGCGCUCCCAUCUUUGCAGAGCUGACGUCUGCAGCAGCACCUCCGGCUGUAGAUAACCGAUGUGUUGUAUGGAAUGUGGCGCUUUCACAGUGGUUUUGGGUGUCAGAGUGCUGUGUACAAACCUGGUGUAGUUCAGUGCUGUAUUUAUAGCCCGUCCUUCACAUUGUGAUUUGCUUUUCCAAGACUCGUUGCAUCGUCAGUGUGGAAAAUAGACCAGUAUCAACCUUAGCUUCGGUGGUGUAGAGGUGUUUUAAGUGUGAUUUGCCUCAUGUACUGAUUCGUAUUUGGCAGCUAAUGGCAUAAGUGACCAUGAGUUCUCUUUGUCUGGGUUGGAAAAUAAAAGGUUUUAUUGUAUCCGCAUGUAUUUUAAACUUUUUGGAUAAUUCCAUCGACCUGUGAUGACAGCACAUGUAAAAACCGACCUUUUCCUUUUGAUGAGAAGUUAUAUUUGCUGUGGUAGCACUCAUUGUUAGCACUGAUGGUAGUGAUUUCACACCGUUUUGUACAUCAGCUUUCACAGUGUUUAAGUUUGUACAAUUGUUCAUGUGAAAACGAUUUGGUCUGAAGAGAUGCUCUGUGUUCACUUCUGACAUACAAUCCUAGAGACAUACGAGAUUCUGCUGAUAAUACUGUUAAGUAGCUACAAAUGUACCAGACUCAUUUUUUACCGAGCUUUAACAUGCCUUUAUUUAUUUAUUAUCGGACCAGCCAAACCCGUGUACUCCGUAGUUCAGUAUUUGUUAGAACAAAAAUCUCACAAAUCAACUUAAUGGUAUUGUGUGGCAAAGCUUCGAAUAAAUGUUUACUGAGACUUUCCACUGA